AUGUCAACAACUACACCCGCCACUACUACAGCCGCUACAAUGUAUAACCUUCGGGUUCCUAUGCCGAUUCCCCGAACGGCCAACGCUCCAUUCUUCAAUGGGCGGUACAUCGACGAUUUCCUCAAUCGGAUUGUUCAACAUGCGAAUCAAGCUGGAGAAACCGACCUGGAUAGUAUGGUCAAGUAUAUCCUCGAUUAUUCUUCUGACAAAGUAAAGGAUACCAUUAUUUACAUGGACGAAUUCGACGUGGACAAAGCCCAGACCCUCAAGUGGAUAAAUGCGAAAGCUGCUCUGUACAACCUCUAUGGCUCGACAGACAAGCCGAAGGAGUAUUCGGAGGAGGAACUUAAAGAAUUCUGCAAGCAGAGCUCAGCUAAGUCUAAUUUCGUCAAAUUGUCUGAAGUCGAAAGCUACCUUCGUGAUUUUGUAGCCAUUGCUUCUUCGCUCAAGAAACGCGGACUUAUCACUGAGAAGCGUUAUGACUAUUAUUUUGUUUUAGGUCUUCCUCAUUCGAUGAAGGACUGGUUCUUGAGCUCGGCGCCUGAGCAAAAGCGCACUCGAGAUGACCCCCCGAGUAUUGCGGAAUCUCUCAAGAUCUUGAGGAUGAGGUUUGACAAGCAUUCCCUCAUCUAUGAAGAAUGGAAUAUAGACAAGACAGACCAAGUUAAGUCCACUUUCGAUGAGCUUGGAAAUCGAGUUACUGUUGCUGUCCCUUCUCAGGUCAAUGUCCUCAACGAGGCAGUCGGAUACAAAGCCCCUGGUGCAAUGCCUCCCAAGCAGGUUCCUGCUUCGCAUAUUGACGAGCUUGCGAAGAAGUUGGAAGCGCUUACGCUAGCUGUUAAUACGAUGCAGGAACGCGAUGGAGGUAGUCGCAGGAACAGCCAAGGCAAUAUGACAAGGCGUUGUUUCAUCUGUGGUAAUCCUUGUGGCCAGGAUGGUGUUCAUCCUAUUGGCCCAAGGUUCUGUCCUGAAACGAAUAGUCUGAUUACUGACCACCUUAUUACGUUUGAUGCGCAGAGAUCUCGUUAUAUCCAGCUGGAUGGAAGUGAUCUUCCUCAAGUUCCAAAGGGAUGGUCUGGAGGAGUAGCUGCCUACCUUCGACACCUCCGUACUUCAGUUGGUCCGGCGGCGCCAUCUGGAUCAUCUGGCCGGGAUGAGCCUCCGCAUAUGCGUUCUACUCACUCGGUUGGAUUGAUGUAUGAUGAUUCAGAAGUGUUAUCCGGUAACGGAUUCAGUCUUGAUUCCUUUCCUUAUGAGUAUAUUUCUAACCCCUCUACACGUUCUGGACUGGACACCUCGAAACGUCUUGAUCCUAGGACACAGGUUAAUCGCCCGGAGCGCUACAAACGUUCCGAUCAAACACCUGCCGAGUCUCCAAAAGUUGUUCCGCCUACUAAUCCAGUUCCAGUCCCUCAGCCUCCAAUGCAACAGCCUACUCAGCAGGUACGGUUUGCACCAAAUCCGACUAUUAUGCCAGCACUGCCAAAUCCGAAUCCGAGGACAACCUUUCCUCCUCCGCAAAAUCCUAUAAAUACGAACCAAGGAUGGAAGGGAUCACGACCAGGAGUUCCGCGUGGAGGUAACCGAGAUGUAGAGAUGCAGGAAGUGGACAAGAAUAAAUCUUCGAACAAUCCCCAGUACCAUUUCACUUCUAAAGUUCAAGAUUUUGCUGACCCCCAGUCUAUGAUUUCUAGAAUAGGUGACAUGCGAGUUGAAGUACCGCUCUUCCAGUUGCUUGGGCUUAGUCCCCAACUCUCAAAGCUUAUGUCAGAGAAUACACGAACAAAGUGUGAAUAUGGUGUUCCCAAGGAGGGAAACACUAGAAAAGCUGAGUCUUCUCCUUAUAUUCCUCCUUAUGAUCCAUACGAGGCGAGAGAACAAGAGCGUGCAGCUCUCUCUGCUGUUGAAGGUACUCGUGGUCCCGAGUCGUACGUGCGACGAGUUUUUGUGGACAAGGAUGACGAGGUCCUCGAAGACUUUGUAUUUCGGUGUUCAAGUGGGGUAGCGCAAAUCCCUACAAACCGUUUCUUUGCUAUGACUGUUGGAGACGUGCGAGUUUCUAUUAACGGUUCUGAAUUUGUAGCAAUGAUUGAUUCCGGUUCGGAAAUGAAUGUUGCGGGGAAACAUCUCCCUGAGGCUGCUAGUCUUCCUAUGGAUUUUGAUGGGAUGCGUUGGUCUCUCAAAGGCAUCAAUGGCGAUUAUGAGCGUCUUCGAGGAUGUGCUGUGGAUGCACCAAUGGUAAUCGGUGGUGUCACGAAGCGGCAGAGGCGGAGUGACUAA